AUGUGCGAGCACGACGUGCAAGUCGUUUGUUUCUUGGAUGAGACCCCCCGGUGUCGGUCUCCACUGCGCAUCAAAGCGGGAAGUGACUGGCCUUCAGCAAGACUGUACUACGAGUUGGCGGACUUCAGCUUCGAAUUCUGCAAGAUCGAGCCUUGCUAUUUCCGGUCCAACUUUCUUAACCCUUCAAGCGUGCUAAAGAGUCAAGAUAUGAUUCCGGACUAUGAAGCUGCCGCUAUCCGGAAGGAUGAGCAGUCGAUGGAGCAGACCGCCAACGAGCAACCGCGCGACAUCAACAAGGGAUUCAAAGUCAUUGUUGUAGUCAUUGUUGAUGCCCUUCCCGGUUGA